AUGACGAUGAUGUUGGGUAGAUUAAUUUCAUUAUCAACAAAAAUAAAUACAACAACCAUAGUUUCAAAUAAUAAUAAUAAUAGUAUAAAUAGAAUACAAUAUUUAUUUAAUAGUAAUAAUAGUAGUAGUAGUAGUAAUUGUUUUUAUAAUUGGUAUAGUACGACAUCUAGUUAUGGAAACAAUAAGAAAAUAGAUAAUCCAUCAUUAGCAAAACAAGAUAAAAUCAAUAGAAACAAAAAACAACAAGAUAUUAAAUUUAGAAACAAUGAUGAUAUUGAAACACAAGAUGAAAAUGAUUACAUUGGUAGAUCAAAUAUUAUAAAUAAUACAAAUAAUAAUAGUAAUAAUAGUAAUAGUAAUAAUAAUAUUAAUAUAGAAUCAUCAAAAAUCAAUAAAGUAGAUGAUAUUUUAAAUAAAACGUAUUGUAUUAUUAUUUCAAAUGGAUAUAGAUAA